UGGGUGUGUGUGUGUGUGCGCGCUCGUGUGUGUCAGAGUGAGUGAGCGCGAGCGCGGAUACUGUCAGGUAAAGAGCUGCCGUCUCUCGGUGAGUUGCAGGCAAUGCAGGGAACAGAUUUACUGUAGCAAUAUUCCGAGAUGAGAUCCUUUAUAUAAACAGAUUAACUAUGUUCACAUAACUUGGAUCCAGUCUUGGAGUUCAUCAGCGAACGUGGGCGAACAGACCGCUGGAAUUAACGGGAAGCUCAGUCGUCGUCAGCUGGCCGGGGGAAAAGCCGAUCAUACCACCCGGCUUCCGGGGAUUCAGGGGCCGCAUCGGUUGACGGCAGACGUCGGUCUGUAGCUCGGGGGGGAAGACGGGCGAAUAUUCACAUCAUCGCCGACAUCCACCUCUCCGUUUCAUCCACUUUCGAGAUGUCGAGAAAGCUACAAAGAACAGAAGUCUGCGCUGACUGCAGUGCGCCAGACCCGGGCUGGACCAGUAUCAACCGAGGGGUCCUGAUUUGUGAUGAAUGCUGUUCGGUCCACCGCAGUUUAGGCCGCCAUAUCUCCAUAGUCAAGCACCUGAGGCACAGCGGCUGGCCUCCCUCCCUACUGCAGAUGGUUCAGACCUUGGCCAGUAACGGGGCCAACUCCAUAUGGGAACACAGUCUCCUGGACCCAGCUCAGGUGCAGAGUGGCCGCAGGAAACCGAACCCCCAGGACAAAGUCCAUCCCACCAAGUCAGAGUUCAUCAGAGCCAAAUACCAGAUGCUCGCAUUCGUGCACAAGCUGCCCUGCCGUGAUGACGACGGCGUCACCACUAAGGAUCUCAGUAAGCAACUUCAUUCGAGCGUGCGGACGGGGAGUUUAGAGACGUGUCUUCGGCUCCUGUCCCUCGGCGCUCAGGCUAACUUCUUCCACCCGGAGAAAGGCACUACCCCACUUCAUGUGGCAGCCAAGGCAGGCCAGAUCUUGCAGGCUGAGCUGCUCGUGGUGUAUGGUGCAGACCCUGGAUCGCCUGACAUUAACGGACGCACACCUAUGGACUAUGCUAGGCAGGCGGGCCAUAUAGAGCUAGCAGAGCGUCUGGUAGAGUGUCAGUAUGAGCUGACGGACAGGCUAGCCUUCUACCUGUGCGGUCGGCGUCCAGAUCACAAGAAUGGCCACUAUAUCAUUCCUCAAAUGGCAGACAGUGUUCUGACCACAGGGUGGCACCAAAGCCCCCACAAAGGAGUUAGUCUGGACCUCUCAGAACUGGCCAAGGCUGCCAAGAAGAAGCUCCAAGCGCUAAACAAUCGGCUGUUUGAGGAGCUAGCAAUGGACGUCUACGACGAGGUGGAUCGCAGAGAAAAUGAUGCAGUGUGGCUUACGACCCAGAACCACAGCACUCUGGUAACAGAACGCAGCGCAGUCCCUUUCCUACCAGUCAAUCCUGAAUACUCUGCAACGCGCAACCAGGGCCGCCAGAAGCUCGCCCGUUUCAACGCCCGAGAGUUUGCUACCCUCAUCAUCGACAUCUUGAGUGACGCUAAAAGAAGACAGCAGGGAAAAGGUCUUAGCCCUACUGACCCGGUAGACCUGGGCAUCGAUGAUGACCAGCACGACUACGACAGCGUAGCUUCUGACGAGGACACAGACAGCGAGCUCACCACCCAGAACAACAACAACACGCAACGUAGCAACCGUGCAAAGAGUAUGGACUCCUCAGACUUGUCAGACGGUCCCAUCACCCUGCAGGAGUAUCUGGAGGUGAAGAAGGCUUUGGCCUCCUCAGAAGCUAAGGUGCAGCAGCUGAUGAAGGUUAACAACAACCUGAGCGAGGAGCUCCGGCGGCUCCAGAAGGAGAUCACCCGGAUGCAGACAGAGAACAGUGCGCUACGGAGGGGCCAGCAGGCUGGGGGAGCAGCUGGCCAUGGGGUAGGGGGACCUGGUGGAGGUGGGGGAACAGGAGGCCACUGGGCAGUGGGUGGGAUGCGAGGUGGAGUGGGUGGAUUUGGGCCAGGAGGGGACCCACCGGUGCUUUCGGUGCCCUCCACGGCCACCCCCCACUCCCACCCUCACCGGAGGGAACGCCAGGCCUUCUCAAUGUAUGAGCCAGGGGCAGCCCCCGGCCCCACGGCCCACGGUCCCCCAGUUCUGGACUCCCUAACGCCCCGCCUGCAGCCCCUCAACACAGCCAGCGUAAGGAAGGGCAGCUCAGGGAGUCCGUAUCUGUCUGGAUCUGCAGAGAUGGGUAGAUACAUGGUCCCUAAACCAGAGAAGCACGGCAGUGGCACCGACAGUGACUACGACAACACACAAAUGUACGACGCCUCAGUAAGUAUGGGCCGCAGCAGUGAAGAGGAAGGCCGUGGGGAGCCUGAGGAGGGAGGCGGUGGGGGUGGGGAGGGGGGUGAGCCAGACCCCACCUUACCCUGCACAGAGGAUGUCAUACUGAAGACUGAGCAGGUGACUAAGAACAUCCAGGAGCUGCUCAGGGCCGCUCAGGAGUUCAAACACGACAGUUUUGUGCCGUGUUCUGAGAAGAUCCACUCUGCUGUCACAGAGAUGGCUUCACUCUUCCCCAAACGCCCAGCACUGGAUGCAGUCCACUGUUCUCUCCGCCUGUUGGCUUCCAGUGCCUCGCGACUGCAGGUGGAGUGCCGUAAGGCGGCGCCUUCGGAGCCCGGCGCUCCCGCAGUAGACUACCAGCUUCUCACUCAGCAGGUCAUCCAGUGCGCCUAUGACAUCGCCAAGGCUGCCAAGCAACUGGUCACAAUCACCACUCGUGAGAAGAAACAGUGACCCGACAAAAGAAAGAGAGAGGAUCAGUGCAUGUGUGGUUUAAAGUGGGAUGGGAGGGGGCUUCCGGGAGAGGGAGAAAGAGGUAGGGGCAGGGGGUGGGAGGGGAGUACGAUCACACUACAGGAUGGAGGGUAAGGGAUUGAAGUGACGGGGGAGCAAGGCUGACAUGAGGAAGAGAAAAGAGAAAGGAAGGGAAUUGGAUGGAAGCAAAGGAGAGGACGUUUGUAUGAUAGAAACACUACAGUGAAUGGAAAAAAAUUCCACACGCGUGGAAGCGAAAGUAGGAAAGGACGAGAGGAAGGAUCCAACACGGGAACCACAGCCCGCAGGGACCUUAGCAGACUGUUGGAAUGGGAUGUGUACCAUAAACUGCUCAAACUGUGACGAGCAUACGUGUCAUAGACUGCUUUAUUUAUUCUCACUUGUCACUCAUCGUCCCUCCCUCUCCUGCUUCGGGAGGGAGGCAGCGUAUGCUCUGAGAGAGAAGUAGAUAGACCAGCCUCCACGCCAUCUCCGUCCCUCCGUCCUUAUGAGCAGUCUGGAUGUCCUUCCUCCUCUUCUUUCCUCUAUUCCCUUUGAACCCCCUCCUCUGGUCUCUCUGUCCCCACACCCCCACGCUGUCCCAGGCAGGAUGAGCGUCCGGUGCAGAGAAGGACCUGCAGGCCACUCAGUCCGAUUCCCACACUUCCUUCCACAUGGGGGUGAGCAUUUACAGGAGGGGCUCCAGCUUUUUUUUUUUUUUUUUUUUUUUUUUUUAAACCCAUCACCUUCCCUUUCUUUUGGUGGUACACAGCAUGAUCUGGCAUGUUUUCCUUUCUUUCCUCUCCUUUUUUUGCCUUUUGAAUGUGCAGGUCUGUUUGGUCUGACAGAAAUACUUUUUUUUUUUUUUUUUUUACUGACUUACAGAAACAAAAACCCUUACACUGGAAUAAUUGUGAUUUAUUGUUAUUGUUGUUGUUUUUUCUUGCCUAUUGUUUUAUUUUGUAUUGAUAAUUUUACUGACUGUCAUUUUUAAUUUUAUGUAUGUUUUUUUUUCCUUGUCUCAUUUAGUUGAAUAUGGAGACAGGUGGGAGUAUGUGUUAACCUCUUACUGGGAUUUAAGUCUACAUGCACACACACAAACAAACACACAAAUCAGCCUGUGAAAAAAAACGGUCCUCGACAUUUCUCAAGCGCUCCUUUUCAAAGACAGUUGAGUUUUUAUUACAUUUUCCUUCAUCUUGUGAUAUAUACAUCUUAUGGCCGUGGGGGGUUGAACAGUUGCCAAAGGCAUGAUGCAUUAUGGCAGGACCAGGAUCAAAACUGCUCCUCCUUUAUGUCCUCAGCUGUCUUUUUUUUUCCCUCUCUUUUUUUGCGCUUGAUUUCUCUUACUGUUCGCCUCAUUACCAGAGCCAGUGGAAUCAUCUCAGAAUCACCUUGUAAUCAUUUUUUCGCAGUGCCAAGCAGAAUAAUAAGAACAUCUGGUUUGCGCAUGGAGGAUUAAGCCACAGUCUUCCUCAAAAAGUGCUUAUGCGGCACGGGUGCUUUACUUGGUAACUGUUGAGUGUCAUUAAGUGGACACACUGGUGUGUUGGGAGUUGAGCUUUAAAAGUAGACCUGUGGAGAAAAAAACAAAAGCACCAGAUCUGGCAACCAGGAUCGCAGAUAGCCUUCUGAGGUGCACUUGAUUUAGUUUGCCAAGUAUUAUUAUGUUUUUUUUUUUUGUUUUGACCCUUGAGACUGUUUGACAAGCUGUGGAAGCCUGCAAGCAGUUUUCCGUCACAGCCUGCUGAUCUGGGCCACAGAAGUCACUUUUUAGCCAUCCGCCUUUCUGCAGACGGCGUUGGGAACAAAACUCAGUGCAGUUCAGCCGACUUAUGUCAGUCGCGUACUGUGCCGAACAAAAAUGGUCAUAUCUGUAAACGCGUUGGGAGGACUGCCCUCUUUUAUUUUCUCUUUCCCUUUUCUUAAAGUUAAGAUUCUACUCUAAAACCUGUGCUCCCGCAGCUGGUUUCCUCAGUAACAGAGAGAUUUCCUCACCUCGCUCUGUUUUGUAAUCUGAACGUUCAGUUACUCACCUGAAACACUGAAGGAUCAAACUACAGUCGCAUCUCAGUUUGUGUCUUGUAUUGCUGCCUUUUUUUCCCACAAGAUGACAAAUCGGCUCCAAACACCUUGAGGUAAUGCCUCAUCAUUUCUCUGUCCACUUUUUUUUUCCCCCCCAAUAUUUUAUGGUUUAUAUAUAUGUAUUUUUUUAAAUCUUUUACUCUGAUCACUACGUGGGAUUUCAGUCCAUGUCCCCUCAGUCUUUGACAUAGUUGCACACAUGUCUCUGCAUGGGAGGGAAACUUGGACCGUGCGUUGAAAAACUCUUGAAAUGUAUCAUUGUUUAAUAUUGAAUGCCUUUGCACAUCGUCAUCAUCAUCAUCUCCUGUAUGACUGGCUGAGUUGCGGUGAUCUCGUACUGACUGCUGAUACAACAGAAAUACUACCACACUUAUACAUACACACACACACACAGGGGGCCAGCAAGAAAAACUUGUCCCCUUUAAUCAUGAUUGCCCAUGUUUUAGUCUAGAGCCAUAUAUAUAUAUAAAUAUAUAUAUGAACGUAUAUUUUUCAUGCUAUAUUUUAUAUUAAGCUGUAGGUUUUGUUUGUGAGAUAUUUAUCUAUUUGUUGGCCUAAAUGGGCUUCAGGCCAUGACCUCUGUUCACCAAGUCCUUGCUCACCUCUUAAGUCUUGGCACCUGAUGCACUUGCAGUUGUUCAAAUGUUGUGAGGUUACGUUAUGGUGUUACUAUGUAGUCAUGUUGUACAUAUUAACGAUCCUACUCGUAUCCAUGGGAAGAUGGGAAUGACAACGUGUCUCCUUUGAUCUUAGUUGCACUAUUUUUCAAACACCUGCUGGAUGAAGUAGGAUCUGCAGUAUGUACUGCACUCUCCCAAAGGUCUUAGCUCAAGUACAUUGGGUGCAGGAUUGGAUUUGGCAUAUGGAAAUAUGGGUGGGGGUAUGGUCUGAAGCACACUUGGGCUUAACACUACAGUCAUCUCAAAAGAUCACGAGGAGGGGGGGGGGUCUUAAAAAUGCACAUGGCCCAGUCCUCCUCUGAGUUAGUGGACACUACAUAGGGUGCCUCUAGUGUGAAUGUUUAAUGCUUGCGUCAGUUUUGUCACACUUUGCAGACUUUAUAUGCCUUCAUUCUGUUCAGAAUUUAGCACAUAGACAACAUCAGACACUCACCCUGAACUUAUCGGUUGGACCAAGCCAUGCACAGGUACAAACAUUAACCCUUCAGCCAGACUUUAACACACACACAUACGCAUGCACACACACAUCAGAUUCUCAGCUGUGACAGUGCACUGUAGCCUGUGCUGUCGCCAUUCCUGUGUUUCUUCACAGCUCAACAGUUUGGGAGAUGGGAGAGUUAUCUUUUAACAGAAGACAUUAAGAACUGUAAAGUAGGGAAAACAACGACUUAAAAAGGUCAAUCGUAAUGGAAACUCAUAAGCUGUACAUUUGUAAUAAAAUAAUAAAACAAUUUAAUUGUC